GCUACAUGUAUGAACAUACAGUGGAACAAAAUGUUGUAUCUCUAAGGCUCUAAGGACCAAAUUACAGAACAGAAAAUACAUUUUAUUGUAUACAACUAACAAAGUAUAAAGCAAAUGAUUACAUAAAGUAAAAAAAAAAAUAGUACAACAUUUUAAGACAAUAGUCUGAUCCUCACAGCACUCCUAGACCUCAAACACUGUAAAUAGUGUCAUGACUACAGUAACUUUUUUCUGUUGUUUUGCUUAUAAAUGCACAGUGGAUGUAUUUAACACACAUCUUCCAGCAAUGUGCUCAACAGGGAGAAAUGAUGCUGGGUAUGAGAUGUCUGUUCCCCAAACUCCAAAUUUCUAUGGGCUUUCCAUAAAAAUGAUCAGUCUGGAUGGGGAUGAAGCCAGGAGACUUGUGCGAUGACAUGUUUAAAAUCAUUACCUUUUGACACAACAUUUACAACAAUAAACCUCUUGAUAAUAGCCGGCCAUGGUUCUGCUACAGGGUCAAUGGUGGGUUAGUGUUUCCACACCACUUAGCAUAUACACAUGCUGAUCUUUCUGCUCUAGAUCCAACUAUGGAACAUGUUACAUUAAGAUAUGUUACCCUUUUGCAUGUCUUGGCAAAACAGUCAAUCUCAGUUAUACAAUUUUCAGGGUACAUUUGAUGAUACAUGGUCAACAUCGCAUUUCUGUCGUCCUCAUCCAAGAUUGUUUGCUGGAAUGGAGACAGAGGUUCCACUGUACAGUUUUCUAACAGAAGUCAUCAAACAUUGUGGUUCAGAUAAAGCAUAUCAGCUGUGCCAUCAUGUGACAAAGUCCCAACCAUUUGACCUUCUAAGAUACUGGUAAAUUCAGCACCAUGUUCACAUGUCCAUGGCAUACCAAGCUGCUGAAACUGCCUCAUUAUCUGGACCACAAUUGUCCUAUUGUUUGUUAUUAAACUUCCCAAGUAUUCCAUUAAAAUGCUCAAACGAAAAGCACCAAAAUGAAUAAACUGGUCCGUAGUCUAACAUGCAUUCUUUCAAAUGAAGAUGUAAAUGUAUAUUGGGAGUGCAGUGCAAUGGGCCCAAAAGUUCAACAAGUUUUGAAAGAAAUGUCUGCAGGUGUCCAUCUGCUAUUUCCAGCCUGUUUUGAUUCCGCGCUUUGACUCGUGACCUAGCACCUGAUUGGCCGAGGCUCGUCACAUGCGAAGUGACGUAACCAGGAAGAGCUCGGAGAGCAUUGAAAUACAGGAGGGUUCGGAAUGAAACAUGUCUUGUGUCUUUGGAAAAUGGACCUCUCCAAACCAGGGAGAAAAAGACAGCGGCGUUAUUGUGAACACUGUGACAACGAACGGUCACACGCACAAUACUUUGACCAUAAAAAACGGUACUGCAAAAAUGGAGUUUGGGAAAAGAAGUCUAACAACAGACAGUGUAUAAGAGACGAUGCAUCAGACCUGCCAUCCAGUCAUGAUCUUACCGGAGAGAUGCAUUCACAAUCAUUUGACGUCCUUGAACAGACUGGAUUAGAAGAAGUUCAGGAGUGCGACAGUUCACACAAAGCUGAUGAUGAAGGCAUCCAUCUGUUCCUUGAUUCCAGUGAUUCAGAUGAAGAAGCAAAUACCUUUCUGGAUGAGUAUGAGGCUGUGACAUUUUCUUCGCUGCUUACAAUGGCUAGACGUGGCUUCGGGACCCCCAAGACUCCUCAGCCGGGACGUGGGCUGGGUGAUCGAAACACCCCAGCGAGUCCCACGGUGGAUAACAAGAUGCUACUUACAGCUAUCACUGGCUUAUCUCGUCAGUUGAGCGAGUUUGCUGCGGAUAUCUCCCGCGAUUUUAAGGAGAUCAACGAGAGACUACAGUCUAUCGAAGAUCGACUUACUGAAUGUGAGUCAAACGGCUGCUCGACGGAGGAACUGAAGAGGAAGAGGCGGCUGCACAAUCCUAAAAUCUCGGAGGCAGUCCGUCGGCUACACAACUCUGUGGCAAACUGUAGGCGCUAUGACCCGGAGCAAGGAUUAAGCUCGCCAUAUAAUGAGAUGGUCACCUCAUUUUUAUUGGGAGCACUGUCCAUAAGCCCGGAAUUGCGUGAUGAAGGCCUGGAUAAAAAUGACUUUGUUGUUGCCUGCAAGACGUACUAUGAGACGGUGCGCAGAAAUUUCCGGUACAGCCAGCCAGAGCUAGCAAGUGUGGCUGCAGCUAAUAAGACCUCAGCCCGGAGUCGCCAGAGGAGGAAGAGGCUCUUGGAGGCGAGGCAAAGUGUACUGGCUGCGGAUGAAGUGGACUUCUGGAGGGGAAUCACCGCUGACAUGAUGUCAGAUGAAGAAGACGGUGCCGUUGAUGGAGUCUCGGGGUGGAUUGUGAGACCUCCAUCGUUCCGCAGCCAGGAGCUCAGCAAUCUGUGUGCUAAGCUGCAGACGAGACUAGAAGCCAGUUCAAAGUAUGUAGCACUGCAUCACCGGCGUCUGCGAACUGGGCUGCCCUCUAACAGAAGGCCACCACAUACCUACGACCCCGAGGCAGCAAAAAGACAUUUGACGACAAACGUGAUGCCAUGAAAAUAAUCUCUGGCUACUUUUUGUGUCUUUAUUUUUCCUAUGCUUUAUUAAUAAAACUCUUACAUUUUAUCAA